AUGAUCGCUCUCCGCAUGCUCGCUAUUUACGCCAUUGCAUGUGCCCUUGCUCUGGCUGCGCCUGUCAGGCAAGAGUCAUAUAUGCCUCCUGUGAGCAUUGGCGUUGUGCCUCCUCGUGAGAAGCGCGCUGACGAGCCUAAGCCCUCGUCAUCUAUGCCUUCUAUCCGCUACGGUGUCGUUCCCACGCCCGUCGAGCGUGCCGAGAAGUCUGCCCCUUCAUCCUCUAUGGCCUCCAUUCGUAUUGGCGUUGUGCCUCCUCGUGAGAAGCGCGGCGAGGAGCCUAAGCCCUCGUCGUCUAUGCCCUCGAUCCGCUACGGUGUCGUUGCCACGCCCGUCGUACAUGAGGCUUAG